AUGAAAGAAGACAGAACCGCGAUCUGGCUCGCAACGGCUUGGUCUCAGGCGCAGCUGAACGGCCGAGAUAUACGCAAUGCACUCCAAACUGCCAUUACACUUGCUGCAGCCGAGUGCGAGGAAGACCCAGACUUUGACCCGACCAAGAUGGCUAUCAUCGUCGAGCAGAAGUUGCAGUCACCAAGUGAUGGAUAA